GAUAGCAUUGGAUGAUUUUUAAGGACUUCAUGAAUUUGAUAUUUCUUUGCAGAUGAUGGAUUUUGAACCUGUUUACUUCACUGAGGAUGCUCUGCAGUCAGCCUGUUAGUCCUUUUUUCCCCUAGCUGGUCAGUGGUUUCCUUUAAGUGAAUAUAAUAGCUGAUGCCUGUACAAAAACACUGAUUAAAAAAGGAGGUGGCUGGAGGGAGGAGAUGACUGGCAGCAGAUGAUCUUUGGGAUGGUACGAGCUGAUCAGAUUCAGUAUCAGUUGUACAAAACUACUCGUUAGUGUUAAGUUUUCUUUUAAAAAGUCUUUUGCACGGGCGGUAUCUAAUGCAAGGCAACAAUGGGAUUGGAUGGCAUGGAAGUAAUUGCCGUUGUCGUUGUCAUUGGACUGUUUGUUGUCGUUCUCAAACAGUUCGGGAUUUGGGAGCCCUUGUCACUGGAAGAUGAUGACAGCUGCGACGGCGACCUCGAACUCUCCAUGGUGCGUCACCAACCUGAGGGCCUUGACCAGCUCCAAGCCCAGACGCAGUUUACCAGGAAGGAGCUCCAGUCACUUUACAGAGGCUUCAAAAAUGAGUGUCCCAGUGGGCUCGUGGAUGAGGAAACCUUUAAGACCAUUUACUCACAGUUCUUCCCCCAAGGAGACGCAACCACAUAUGCACACUUCUUGUUCAACGCAUUUGACAUGGACAGAAGUGGCUCCAUCCGGUUUGAGGACUUUGUGAUAGGACUGUCCGUGUUGCUUAGAGGCUCUGUUACAGAGAAACUGAGAUGGGCAUUCAAUCUGUAUGACAUCAACAAAGAUGGCUACAUUACAAAAGAGGAAAUGAUGGCAAUAAUGACGUCCAUUUAUGACAUGAUGGGCAGGUAUACCUUACCCAGCGUACGAGAAGACUCACCUUACGAACACGUGGAGAGAUUCUUUCAGAAAAUGGAUCGGAACAGAGACGGAGUCGUGACUAUUGAUGAAUUCAUAGAAACCUGCCAAAAGGAUGAAAAUAUAAUGGCUUCCAUGCAGCUCUUUGAGAACGUUAUCUAGUUUCUGUGGACAGACGUGGAUCAGUAAUCCUGCAUAGUGCUUCCAGCUGCACGCUUCUGGGUCUGAAAUAACUUCAAUCAUCC